AUGCCUUCACCACUUCCAUCAAGCUUUGCCUCAGCGGCAGCUGGCAACGUCCAUGAUUCGUCUGGCACAAGGAAAGACGGAACCGGAAGCGGGGAAUGGUCUCGCACUCGUAUGAAUGGGGCUACUCAAACCUUCCGUCGCCCUUCUCUUGCAGCGAACUUAUCUCAUACCCGAGAUAACGCGCAGACCACGUCGUCAUCCACCUCUACGCCUUCUGUUGCGGCAUAUAUCCCUCCGCAUCUUAAUUCCAACUAUCAUUCAGGUUCCCCGCGUACCGCCACAUCCAGUGAUAGCAGGUACUCCAAGGACCAACUUUUAAGUUUCUACAAGAGCCAGCAGGAUUCGGGGAGCUGGGGAAAGCACAUAACUGAUUAUUUCAUGGCUGAUUGGAACCCCCAUGACGACAACGCCUCCACCGUUAAUGGUAGUUGGAACAAACGGGAGGACAUUAAAGAUGGCCACGCCGGCCCCGAAGUUUGUUGGGAUCAUAGUGGACAGGCUCAGCCGUUGGCAUUGACUGAAAUGAACGAUGAAGAAAAAAAUUUGUUCUCUGGCUCUGUUAACUCCCCGUUAAAGCCCCCUCCCCAAGGUGGCUCAAAGGAUAAUUCCGGUGCUGGGGGAAAUGCGGCUCGUAAAUCGUCCGUCUCUCAUUCCCAGUCUCAUCUUGGAUCCUUCAACACUUCCUCUCCAGGAUCCGCACGUACCGCGCCACGGCGUCGUGGGACCGGUGAUUCUUCGGUGAACCCAAUGUCUCCCACUGGAAAUUCUCGUUUUUUAAGGGACGAUACGAGCAUCUCCACUCCACCGCCAUCGCUGCUUCGUCGAAAGACCGAUUUCCGCGAGUCAGAGACGAAAAUGGAGGAGAAGGAUAUGGAAAACAAUUCCCGUGAUACAGGUCUUGAUAUAAGCUCUCCAUCUGGGACUCUAAAGCGCAGUACCACAGGCCCCGUUGGCACAACUUCAAGUGCUUCAGCCUCUCCGUGGCCCUCGUCCCACAACUCAGCUUUUUCUCCAAUGGGUGCGUUUGGUAGCUUUUCUCUGGGGCCCAUGGGCGGAACCUCAGGCAGUGGCGAGAAAAAGUCGGGUUUAGGUAGCCUACGUGGGGAAAGUCGAUUUAAGGGUCUGCUUGCUAAAGAAAACUCUGAAGAUGUCAUGUCCAACGUUAAGGAAAAACCAUCUCUUGCUGCUUUAGAUCGUCUUCCCGAAACCGAGGAUACCAGUCCGCAGGUGCAGCAGCAAUCCUGGGGAGAGCCUAUGAAGACACGCAUGACUCGCAGUGAGACCAACCCUUUCGUCGAUGAGCCACGGAGCGGGAGUGCAGCACUUGGUGGUCAGGACUUGGAUGCUCCUGCGACUGGAACUUCUACAUCUGGAAUUGACCAGUUUGGCCUGUCCUUUGGCAUGACAUCGGGCGGACCCAGUUUUCGAGACCUUGUAGGAAGCCAGCAAUACCAAUCAGAGCAGACUCCCAAUCAUCAUGUGCAUGAGCCAAUGAGUCCGACUAAUACGAAUCCUUACCAGAGCCCCCAAGGUGAGAGAGUUGAUGCAGACGAUAUCGACACAGAUGGUUCUGACAUCCAACAUACCCACUUGUCCGGCCUCAGUGAUAUACCGGAAGACCAGGGAAUGGGUGGGUUUGGGUCUAUUCGUCGAGGAGGAUCUACAGUUGACCCCUCAGCUGGUGACCGCAGCCAAACAUCAAGCGUCGGUCCGGGCCGUGGGUUUUCAAGCUUGACCGGCCUUGGCGGUCUACCAUCUCUUGGAUCUGCUGGUGGCUGGCCUACGAAUGCGACAGCUGGUACUCCUACCCGAGAAAGAUCUGGCUUUGCAUCUGGGUUUGGUGAUCCAAUUUUUGGAUCAAUGGCAGAUUUGCAAUCCCCAAGUCUUGCAACUCUUGGAGGGGGUGGCUUCUUUGGAUCGCAUACCAGUCUUCCUGGUGCUGCUCGGGCGAGCAAAAUGGGAUCCCUCUUUCCUCCAGCAAUGCAGGACCAGAUGCGUGGUGAACAAAUGCGCCCUGAUUCCACAGGAAUUGAAGGUUCAAUGAGGCAGCAAGUUGAGAAUAGGAACCUCGCCAGUACCAGCCCCUUUGAUACUGGAAUAUCGAGGAGAGAUACUGAGCAGGUUACACGAGGUGGCAUUUUCUCUACGCUCGGUGGUCUUGAUCUUGGAAGAGACGCAUUUUUGUCUGGAGACAAACCCGGCCCUGUCAAUCCGACCUCUACAGUUGCAUCGUCCUAUGCCCCUUUGCCCGCAGCCAAUGCUUCAAGUUCCAUUACACCCUCACAAGCAUCAGUUGAGGGUACUGGCCAGCCGACCCAGAGCUUUUCCAGUGCCAGUUCAUCGAACACCCAACUUCCGGCAACCCAACAGCGACAAAUGGUUAUGCCAGAUCGGAUGCGCUGGAUCUAUCGCGACCCUCAAGGCAACACUCAGGGCCCGUGGUCUGGACUCGAAAUGCACGAUUGGUUCAAAGCAGGGUUCUUUACUGCAGAGCUCCAAGUGAAGAAGCUGGAAGAUGCGGAGUACGAACCGUUAGCUCAACUUGUUCGACGUAUCGGCAAUUCCCGUGAGCCCUUCCUAGUACCACAGAUUGGAGUUCCUCAUGGCCCUCCCUCGACUCAACCUGGUCCCUGGGGUGCGUCGUCAUCUCAAGCUGGGGUCGCGCAGCCACCUUUCCCCACCAGUUUCCCCAGUUUUGGCACAACUCUGACUGCCGAUCAGCAAAACGCUCUGGAGAGAAGAAAGCAAGAAGAACAGUAUUUGAUGGCGAGACAGAAGGAACACCUUGCACAACAACAAGUUCUUAUGAAACAGAUGGCUAUGCAAAAUCCACCUCACACUACUAUGCAUCCCCAGCUUCAACAUCAUUCCAGCGCCCAUAGCCUUCAUAGCCAACCAAGUUAUGGCAACAUAACCUCCUCAGGAGGAUACCAGCCAUCUCCAAUACAGGGGCCUAUUCAACCACCCCAGGCAGUACCAGGCUACUUUGAACCCAAUAUGCGACAACCGAAUGUGCCCAACGUGCCCCCUCAAAUGCUUCCCCAAGAUAUGAUGGCUGUCCAGGAGGAACUACCAAAUUUUGUUGAUCGUAUGAACAUCAAUCGCCCAUCUCAGUUUCCUUUCAGUGCCGGCCCAUCAUUCGGUGCAAGACCGCAAGAAAAUGUUGUGCCGUCCCAGCAAGUUGCAUCCAUGAUACAGGACAGAGUUCGUUUACAACAAGAACAAGAACAGUUCGACAAAACCAAAGGAGAUUCUAUUUUUGACCAGCAAGCUCGGGAUGAGCGUCUGAGACAAUUCCAUGCGUUGAGACGUCAAACCGAUGAUGACAUUGUUAAGAGAACUGAUGGACUCCCCACGCAUCCCCCAACCAUUCCUCCUGGAGACGAAUUUGAGCAUACGGACGAUGUUUCCAAACCCCCUACUCAAACCCAACAGGAGCAGCCGCAGCAAACAGAGGCGGAACCCCUUUCUCUAUCUCAGCAGGUCCAAAAAGCCGCAUCCGCUCAGCGACAGCAACAGCAACAGCAACAGCAACAGCAACAGCAACAGCAACAGCAACAGCAACAGCAACAGCAACAGCAACAGCAACAGACGCAGCCUCCAGCCGUACAACCUGAGUCUCCUUGGGUGAAGGUCGAUAGUGGCAUCCCGCAGCCAUUUCCUCCUCCACCAUCACAGUCUCCCCUCCCUGCUCCUGCAGCACAACGCAAUCGACAGAACGUAGCGGAUGCUUUAGCAGCCAGCUCCAGAUCACAAAGCCAGACACCAAUUGAGACUCCAACAACAUCCAUCGCACCCUGGGCGAAGGAAACCAUUGAAGCACCAAAGGGCCCCUCAUUGAAAGAAAUUCAAGAAGCCGAAGCUCGUAAAGCUGCCAAAUUGGAAGAGGCCGCAGCAGCCGCGCGACGUGCGCUCUCUGAACAGGAACGCGCGAACAAACCUCCCGCCCCCGCUCCAGGCUUACCAUCAACCGCCAACUGGGCGAGUUGUGGAUCCCCCGCCACCCCACCAUCCAGCGCACCGUCAGCAUGGGCGAAACCCAUAGCCGGCAAAUCGCACCCUGGAAUCUCUUCCUCCGCGCCCAAAAAGACUCUAGCACAGAUUCAAAAGGAAGAAGAGGCCAGAAAGCAACGUCUGGCUGCUGCGAAUAAUGCUCAUACUAUUACUACCGCACCCAUGUCUGCUGCCGGUAAACGCUAUGCAGAUCUUGCUAGCAAGAUCGCUCCUCCAGCAGCGCCUUCGGGGGCAUGGACCACAGUUGGAGCUGGUGGGAAGCCAAAACCGCAGCCCGCCGCACCUGCGGGACCAAGAGUUGUUCCUGUAGCUCCUGCGGCGAAGUCUAGACCAACGGCUGUCCUUACAAGACCGUCUGCGCUCGUUUCUUCGCAAACUGCUAAUGCGAAUAAACCCACCGAAGAACUCAUGAAAUGGGCUAAGAACGCGUUGGGAAAGGGGUUGAACAGCUCCAUAAAUGUUGACGAUUUCGUCCAACAACUGCUCCUCCUCCCUCCUGAGACCGAAAUCAUUUCUGAUUCCGUCUAUGCCAACUCACAAACGCUAGAUGGGCGCCGGUUCGCGGAGGAAUUUAUUCGUCGACGCAAACUUGCUGAUAAGGGCAUUGUCGAUCCCGCCUCACUGAACGCUGGUAGCAAUGGCUUUGGCACUACUUCCGACUCCAAUGCUUCUGAUGGGUGGAAUGAGGUUGCUAAGAAGGGCCAGUCUGCUGCCCACCGCGAAGAUACCAGCAAUGCGCCGUUUAAGGUUGUGGCGGCUAAGAAAAAGGGGAAGAGGUAG